GUGAUGUCUCAACUUGGCAUUAAAAUCUAAACAUGAUUUUCAUCGUAAAAAAUAACCUCGAGAAUUGACGACCAACGAAUUGUUCGGAUUAUAAGGUCGAAUCUUAAGUACUUGCGCAAAGGAAUAUAAAAUUAAGGAAUGAAGGCCUGCGAGAUAAAAUAGAUAAAUCUCGAUAAAAAGCUGCGAUGAUAAAAUGUACUGUAGAUAUCCGUUGUCGGGCAACAAUCGAAGCUUGUGUCAUAUAAAAGCUACCAUAAAACUUAUUUGUUAUAACUUAGACCAAAUUAAAAUUCCAUCUCUACCUAAGCCCCACGCCCAUUUCCUCCCUCCUUCACCAACAAACUAGACCAAACUAAAUCACCACCAUCAUGGCGCCAACGAAAUACCACCGUUUCCGCCACGGCGAGCGCUGCGACGAAUGCGGCGCGCGACAAUGGUACGCACAAGAUGCCCUGCGAUACUGUCGUAACGGACACCGUCUCGAAGGCUUCGCCGAGCAAGUAGCAGACGAAGACGCCUUCGGCACGCAGGGAAAAGUAUCGCGGAAGAAAAAAGAAGUCAGGAAGAAAGUCGCGGUUAAAUUAUCUGGGGACGAGGGGAGGGAGUUAUAUCUUGAGGCGUUGCAGUUUGUGUUACUGAGGCAGGUAAGGUGGUUGGUGGGGGAGAAGGGGUUUCCGGGCGAUUUUGAGGAGAUUGUUAGGGCGCUUUGGGCGCUUAGGGUUAGGAAUUUGCCGUUGAGGGGGAGUGAGGGGGUUGAAGAUGGGAGGGGACGGAGGAGGAGAGGGGAGAGUGCUGCGGAGAGUGAGGAUGGAUAUGCGUCGAGUGCGAGUGCGGUCAUGGUUAGUUCCCAGAGCGAGAUGUCGGGCGCGGGUUCUUCGUUGGAGCCGGAUUUUUCGGAUGCGACGAAGGGUACGACGGCGACGUGGGCCCCGGAUGCUGGGAGACGGUGGAAAUUGCCGAAGCUGGUUGAUUCUUUGGCGUUGUGCUACUUGGGUUGUCUUGUAAGACGGUUACCUGCCACGACGGCGGAUUUCUGUGGGUGGGCGCAGAGGGGGGAGAUUGACUAUCUUGCGGCGUUGAAAGGGAUCCCGCGAAACGUCCGAGACCGACUUCCCGCGGAGUAUCACCGCGCUCUGCAAGUUAGAGACCACAUACCGUUGGGUCGACUGCAGGCUGCCGUACAGGAUCUGGUCAUAUCAUAUAAGGUCAACUUCGACACGAUCUUCCCAUCGCUGAACUAUGUACCUAUACUGGUACGGUUUAUUACGGAGUUGGCUCUUCCAGUUGAAAUAUAUCUAACAGUUAAAUGUUUCGCCGAGAUACUAAGAACGAAUUUCUCCUAUCCUGUUGGGGGCAAAAGAAUCCGAACAAUGGACAACCCCGAGGUUCUCCUGAUAACCCUAGUAGUGGUGUCUACGAAAUUACUUUAUCCACUAGAUGGUGUUGAACGGCCUCCUAGGGACUUUCAAGACCCUCGAAGCAUAAAGUUCGACUGGACAAAAUGGCAAGAAGUUAUGCGAGAAGAUACAAAUAAAACAUCAAAAAACCUACUUCAAGGCCAAGAAUACAAGGUCACCUCCGAAGAUGUACUGACUUUGGAGAAGGAGAAGCUAGAUGAUUUUAUGGACUGGUUUGAGUCGAUGUGGAUAGGAGGAGAUAGCGAUCCAAGAACGGCUGAAAUGAUACGCAAGCCUUUUGAAGACCAAAAGCGUUCCUCCAAACCAAGAGAUUCUGGUGGGCAAUCGAAUGGGGAUAUAGAAAGCCAGCGCAUGAAAGAUAGAUACGAGGCCAUAAAUGACACUAUGCUUAUGGUCCAGCCAGUACCCGAUCCUGAGGAUGCAGAUAUCAAAAAGCAAGAUCGAGAUUUCUGCCCGGUUUGGAGAACUCCGGAGGAUCUUCCGGACGCUGCCAAGGCGCUGUAUAGCAAAGCAGCUGACCUUGCAGCUAUACCCUUAAACACAUUGAUAAAGGGAGCCGUGCAAGUUGAGAGGCAAUUAGAAGUAUGGUGUAUUCAGAGAGCCAGAAAAGCACGGGACAAUGAGAAAAGCAAAGGGAAGGGAAAAGCGGUUUGGACAGGCGAUGAUUCGGAUUAUUAAACCAAAUGUUUUCUAGAGAUACCCAUAUGAGUUUGACUGAAGAAUGAAUCAAUGAAUUCAAUCAUCAAUGACGAUACAUAAAAUAGGUGCAUGUAUAAAGGAGAGGAAGUUCCGGACUCAGCUCGAUUUGCAUAAAUAAAUGCACAAGCUUAUGUCACUUCAAUGUGGAGCACAGUAAUGCAAACACACAGCUGAUAGAAAAGAAGUCCUUAUCAGAGCGCCACUUGCACAUUCGAAAAAGAAAAGGUCAGGUGACUUUAAAUCCACUAGGGUUCGUCUGUGGUGGAAUUUCAAACCCCCACCGAAUUUCUUUAGCCGUCACCAUCUUCGACUUCUCAAUCCACAACCU